AUGACUCCAAUACGCAAAUCCAACCCAAUCCUAAAAAUAAUUAAUCGCUCCUUCAUCGAUUUACCCGCCCCACCCAACCUCUCCAUAUGGUGAAACUUUGGCUCACUUCUUGCAGCCUGCCUAAUUUUACAAAUCAUCACAGGCCUACUCCUAGCAAUACACUACUCACCAGACACCUCCUCCGCCUUCUCCUCAAUUGCACAUAUCACCCGAGAUGUAAAGUACGGCUGAAUCACUCGCUACCUCCACGCCAAUGGUGCCUCUAUACUCUUCAUUUGCCUUUUCCUACACAUCGGUCGGGGCCUUUACUACGGCUCAUACCUCCUCCUAGAAACCUGAAACAUUGGUAUUAUACUCCUUCUUAUAACUAUAACAACGGCUUUCAUGGGUUAUGUUCUCCCAUGAGGCCAAAUAUCAUUCUGGGGAGCAACAGUAAUCACAAACCUGCUAUCAGCAAUCCCGUAUAUCGGAACCAAUCUCGUCCAAUGAAUCUGAGGAGGAUACGCCAUCGACAGCCCUACUCUCACACGAUUCUUCACCUUACACUUUAUCCUACCCUUCAUCAUCAUCGCCCUCACAACCGUGCACCUACUAUUCCUGCACGAAACAGGAUCAAACAACCCUUGCGGAAUCUCCUCCGACUCAGACAAAAUCGCCUUCCACCCCUACUACACAACCAAAGACAUCCUGGGCCUAGUCCUCCUUCUCUUCAUCCUAGCAACACUAACACUACUCUCACCCAACCUCCUAAACGACCCAGACAACUACAUUCCAGCCGACCCAUUAAACACUCCCCCACAUAUCAAACCAGAGUGAUACUUCCUAUUUGCAUACACAAUCCUACGAUCCAUCCCCAACAAACUGGGAGGCGUACUAGCACUCUUUCUAUCGAUCCUCAUUCUAGCAGCCAUCCCUAUACUUCACAAAUCCAAACAACAAAGCAUAAUAUUCCGCCCACUCAGCCAAUUUCUAUUCUGACUCCUAAUCACAAUCCUAUUGACCCUUACCUGAAUUGGAAGCGAACCAGUAGUCCAACCCCUUACCACUAUCGGCCAAGUAGCAUCCAUAAUAUACUUCAUCACAAUUCUAAUCCUAAUACCACUGGCCUCCCUAAUCGAAAACAACCUACUCAAGUGAACUU